AUGUUCGGUUUAGACUGCGAAAUGGUAGAGACAAAAGAAGGAAAAGAGUUGGGUCGCGUCUGCAUCGUAGACAGCGAUUUGCAUGUAGUGAUGGACGAACUGGUGAAGCCUUCAUCUCCUGUCUUAGAUUACUUAACUCGAUACUCGGGGCUAACAGAGGCGAAGCUGCAGCAAGCGAAGUUAACUCUGAAGGACGUGCAUAAAAGAAUGAGAAAGCUGCUUCCUUCAGGGUUUGUUCUUGUGGGGCAUUCUCUUGAAUACGACUUACAUGCUCUAAAACUCGUGCAUUCGCGGUGUAUCGACACCUCUGUGCUGUAUCCGCAUCCUCGGUUGGGUCUGAAUUAUUCUCUGAAGCGUCUUGCGCAAGUUUAUUUAAACAAGGAGAUGAAAAGAAUACAUGGGCAUGAUCCACAAGAAGACGCGCAAGUAGCAAUGCUACUAGCUCUAGAAAAGAUAAAUAAAGGGCCGGGGUUUGCUGUACCGAAUACGCAAUUUGUUCAGCUUGCAGCAAUCAUGCGUACACCUCAAAUGAAGUGGAAGCCUGACGAAUAUACAGCAGCUCCAGGGCGAUCUCUCAAAAGAAAGGCUCCAGAUAAUACUAACAGUCAUGAUGGAACUAAUGAUAAUGAUAAGAAUGACAGCGAAGAAGAAGAAAAUACACAAGGGCCUGACGAAGCUAACAACAUUCAUUAUGCCCCAGAUUUCUUUCUUGCAGAUUCUUUUCAGCACAGAAACAACUCUGUAUUCGACGGAGUUUCUGUCGUUGAGGGUCUCCGCAGCGACGCUGACGUUAUCCGCGCAUGCAAGGAUUUGUUGAAGGGCCGCUGUGCCUCGUCUAGUUCUUGUGCUGCAGCAGCAGCACCUGGUGCUGCUGCUGAUUGCUGUGGAGCAGCAGACAUCUCAACGAACAGACAGCAGGCAAGAGAAGGAGAGGGAAAUAAACCCCUCUGGGGUGUAUGCGUAUUAAGGGGCUUUCAACGCCUCUGCUGCAGAGCUCUGCAUGCACCUGAGGAUCAGCCGUACGCAUUCAAACAUCGCGCCCAUACUCUACUUGCUGCAGAAAAGGAGUUGCUGCACCAGCAGCAGCAGCAGCAACAAGAAGGAGAAGGGGAAGCUUCUGCUUGCAGCACCGCCAGCGCUACAACUGGCGGCACAGUGGGAGAUAAAGCCGAAGAAGAAGAUGAAGAAGAAGAAGCAGAAGCAGAAGAAGAAGCAGAAAACAUUAAACAAAAAAAAGAGAAUUCAAAUGCUCGUAGUGAUGCAGAAAGAACAGAACGAAGCACCAUCAACUUGUCAUCUUGCUGUUUCCCCUUGUGA